CACACAUAAGGAGAGACAUCGUCUAACAUGGCGACCCCCUGCACCAAACCAACGAUGGACUCAAAUAGACCAUAUUGCCAUCAGUCAUCGUUGGAGAUGGUCGAUACAAGAUUGUCACUCAUUCUGGAGUACCUGAUUGGACUCCGACCAUGCUCUAGUACGGGCACGCAUCUGCUUGAGCCUCACUGGACGCAAAAUAGACACACAAAAAGACCCAUUAGAACUGAAUUGAGUAACGAGGAAACCAAAAGAAGGUUCCAGGAACAAUUGAGGUCACACUUAGGUAGUUCUGAAAACGAGGCUGACCCAGAUGUUGCUUGGAAAGAUAUACAAACAGCUGUGGAAACAGCAGUGACAUCUCUUAGUGAUUUAAACGAAAGGGUUACAAAGAACCAAUGGAUUUCUUCAAGGUCUAUCGCACUGAUGGAUUCUCGUAAACUCAUCCCAUCAGGUUCUGAACACGAUGAAGAGCGUAAACAAAUCAGAUCUAGAUUAAGCAAAAGUCUAAGGAAUGAUCGUGAGCAGUGGUGGGCAACGAAAGCAAAGGAGAUGGAAAAGGCGGCGGCUAUAGGGAACACAAGACAGCUCUACAGACUAAUAAAAGGAACUGGAAUUAAUAAGUCAAGUGAAAGUAAGAUUAUCUCGGAAAAAGACAACACUCUCAUCUGCUCCCAGUCCAGACGUUUAGAACGAUGGGCGGAACAUUUUAGAGAACAGUCCGGCUGGCCUUCGGUUACUCUACAACUACCCCCCCCAUUCCCAGACAGCGUGAAUAGAACACUGAAGUAGGUCCCCCAACUCUAGCUGAAGUCCCAAAGGCUAUAGCUAGUCUGAAACGAGGAAGAGCAGCUGGUCCAGAUGGAUUGGCUCCAGAGGUCUUUAAGGAUGGUGGUCUAGUUCUAGCGAUUAGAUUGACUAAUAUUUUAGCUAAAAUCUGGUAACUGAGUUUAAUACUAUCAGACUGGUCGCAAUCACUAAUUGUCUCAAUAUAUCAGAAGGGACUAAAACCAUCUUGUGAUAACCAUAGAUGGAUUAGUUUGACUAAUAUAGCAUCUAAAAUACUAACCUCAAUAAUUAUCGAACGCCUAACAAAGCCUCGUGAACUGCAAACACGAGAAAAUCAGGCUGGCUUCAGACCUGGUUGUGGCUGUAUCUAUUACAUAUUCACCAUUCGUUAUGUUUUAGAACACAGGUAUGCUUAUCGACGUCCGACAAUGGUGGCUUUUCUUGACUUAGAAGCUGCAUUUGACUCUCGACCGAGAGGUUCUGUGGCAGUGUCUGUCAUUGAAAGGCGUACCUCAGAAGUACAUAAACCUUGUGAAAGCUCUUUACUCGAACACUACUAGUCGAGUCAGAGCCUAUGGCGAACUGUCAUCUGCUUUUGCAACUUCAAGUGGUGUCCGUCAAGGCUGCCCAUUUUCUCCAUUUUGUUUGACUUCAUCAUAGACCUACUGAUGGAAGUAACGUUCUUGUCGACUAAAUUAUCGGACAUUGAUCUCCUUUCAGGAGUUCCACUUAUCGAUUUAGAAUAUUCAGAUGACAUAGUCCUGUUUGGUGAAGACGCUGAUAAAAUGCGGA